AUGCCCCCGCAGCAGGGGGACCCCGCGUUCCCCGGCCGCUGCGAGGCGCCGCCCGUUCCGCCGCGCCGGGAGCGCGGGGCGCGCGGGGGGCGCGGGCCCGGGGCGCCGGGGGGCCGGGGGCGCGCGGGCGGUGCGGAGGGGCGCGGCGUCAAGUGCGUGCUAGUCGGCGACGGCGCGGUGGGCAAGACCAGCCUGGUGGUGAGCUACACCACCAACGGCUACCCCACCGAGUACAUCCCCACCGCCUUCGACAACUUCUCGGCUGUGGUGUCUGUGGACGGCCGGCCUGUGAGACUCCAGCUCUGUGACACUGCCGGACAGGAUGAGUUUGACAAACUGAGGCCUCUCUGCUACACCAACACGGACAUCUUUCUUCUGUGCUUCAGUGUGGUGAGCCCCUCGUCCUUCCAGAACGUCAGUGAGAAGUGGAUACCGGAGAUCCGAUGCCACUGUCCCAAAGCCCCCAUCAUCCUCGUUGGAACUCAGUCAGAUCUAAGAGAAGAUGUCAAAGUCCUUAUUGAGCUGGACAAAUGCAAAGAGAAGCCCGUGCCUGAAGAGGCGGCUAAGUUGUGUGCCGAGGAAAUGAAAGCUGCCUCUUACAUCGAGUGUUCGGCCUUGACUCAGAAAAACCUCAAAGAGGUCUUUGACGCGGCCAUCGUUGCUGGCAUUCAGUACUCGGACACUCAGCAACAGCCAAAGAAGUCCAAAAGCAGGACUCCAGACAAAAUGAAAAACCUCUCCAAGUCCUGGUGGAAGAAGUACUGCUGUUUCGUAUGAUGCUGGCCAGAAACCCAGAAAGGCAAUUUUUAGAUGAAGUCCACAUUAGAAGCUAUAUUAGCUAAAAUGACUCCUUUUAUCAUGUAGAACCUGUAUAGAGAACGUGUGUAUGUAUAUGUAUAAUAGGUGGAGCUCUCGAUUUUUGGAUUUUUUUCUUGCCUUUGAUAUUCUUGUUUGUUUGAGCUUAGGGAUGAGUUGAUUACUAAUUAUGCAAGAUAUUUUUGAAGUCAGUUAAGCAUUUUUUGGUAACUCUGGAAAUUUAGAGCUCUAGACCUCUGGAUUAAUUUAUAUCUAAUAUGAAAAAGACACUUCAAAUCUGAGUGUCAAGAAUGAAAUUUUGCUAGAUUUAUAACGUACAGAAGAACAAAAGAAGAAAUGGUAUAGUUAGCUUCCCUUGAUUAAGGGCUACUUCAUGCAAGUGCGUAUGUCCACAGGCCAGCUAUGCUGAAAAUAACUCUUAGCUUUGAAACUCCACACUUUAUAAAACUUUAAGGAAUUAAAAUCUGAGGGAAAACGAGAGACCUCUGCCUACAGUCCCUCAAAACAGUUGCUUUUGUCAUAUGUUAAUACCUGGUUGCUUAAGAUCUAAAAUCAACCAACAAACAUCUCCUAACUCAAUGACACUGUGUAAACCAAAAAGGAAAAAUUGUGUAUUGUGAUUUUUCAUUCUUAGACCAGUUGUGUUGACACCGUAUAAACAUAGCCAAAAUGCCAUGUGGAGUAAAGCAAGUAUUAGUCAGAAGCUCUUAUAUUUUCUUUAGGGGGUGAUUCAUGUUGAGAUCAUAAUGUAAUAUUUGCUCUUACUAUGCGUGCACCCAACUGCCUAAAUCCCUAGCAGUUAGAACACUAGGGAGCAUCUAUUUGAAUGGUUUUGAAACUUCCAUACUAUUUACAUUGUCCCAUUUGCAGAGAAGUGGACACUCUUACAAGGCCUGCAGCAAACGUUUGUAGGAGAUGAAGUGUACUUUUUUCCCCUUAAGGCAGCCAAAAUGUAUGCGCGGGCGUGCACACAUGUAUAUGGCUGUAUUUGCUGCUGAUUCAGACUCUUAAACAGUUAAUGAGAAAAAGCAGGGCCACAAAAACAGAUGUGAGGGAAGCUCAGCUUCCUCUUUUUAUUACUUUUUUAAACAGAUCUCUUUUUGAUUAUAUCCUACUCAGAUAUGAUUUUAAAUAUACUUUGACACAUUUUUGAGACCAUCUCAAAACACGAAUAUCUCUUAAGAACUGUUUUAUACUGAAUGUCUCUUGAAACCUGUUAAAACAACCACUUAAAACCACAGAUGCCUUUCAGGGAACUGGCAAUAGAGGCCAGCGCUGUGUGUCAGAGGGCUCCUGGGGGUGAUGUGCUGCGGCCAGCCCGGAGCAGGGGUGUAUGUACGGACCACAGCCCCCUCUCUCAGCGGCAUCUUUACUGUGGGACAGCCAGAAAACCAUAUACUUGUGAAACAUUUGUGUUCUUCAAGGUGGCAGUUUUUAGGGUUUAAUAUUCUGGAGGAAAAAAUGUGCCAUAUCAGAAGAGUAGUUUUUGUUUUUGUUUUUGUUUUUUUUUUUACUUUGUGAUGGCUAUGCUGCUGAGAUGCCAAAAGGUAGCCUAACAUGAAUUAUAAUGUCUGGUUGUAGUGAGUGAAGCAGAUUUACCAAAAUCAACUCAGUAACUAGGGAAACUGCUGUAGAGCCGGUGAAUAGAAGAGUCUUAUCUUUCUGUGGGUCUUGCGUUGUCUUUUUUAUAUUUGAAAGAGCUAAUUUGUGUUUUCCUAUAGAAGUAAAAAAAUCAGGGUAGGCGCUUCUUUGAUCUUGUUAGUAAAUAAAAUUACCUGAUUUCUUUGUUUAAAAACUAAAAUACGUGGAUUGUUCACUAUUUAUUUUUCAGUACAUUGAAAUUGGUAUCAUAGUUGCCCAAAGCAUUUAGUUAUAGCCUGAGUGAAUAAAAUUACUUCAUUUGAGGAAAUACUCUAAACAGACUCUAUGCUGGCCUGCCUGGCUCACCUGUCUGUAAGGGGCCAGUUUCCUAGGCUCGGCUCUUCCUGUUCCAGGUGUAAAGCAGUGGGAGCAGCAGAAGAGUUACCUGGUGAGUAAUUUUAAACAGUAGUUUUAUAUUUAAAUAAAUGUCAUGGAGUACAAUGCAAAUUAAUUUUGAAGAUAGAGCACAAGACUUGAAAGAAAUUUUAUGCAUGUGACAGCAUUGGGGCUGCUUUCCUGGGCCCCCUGGGCGACGGCCAUCAGCACCCUCUGGCCCUGGUGGAAAGUUGUCAGUGGAGCAGGCCUGUGUGGCCCAGUUCUGAGAGCUUUCCUCAGGUGGUUUAUUUUUAACCCAACUUGAUACAACCCUGUACCAUUAGCCCUAAACAUCUAGAGGGUUGACAUUUAAACACAACCAUUUUUUACAUGUUGCUGCAUUUUCUAGAAUAGUAAAGGUACGAUUGAUUGUACUUAAGGUUUUCCUCCAUUUUCCUUUGUGUGAUUUGGGCAGAAAAAUUUUUUAGAGUAUGUGCUUGAGUUAAACCUAAGUCGAUUCACUUUAAAGCUCAAACACUGUUCAACUUGCAGCUUGGUAUUGCAGAGAAGAUUUUAUGAGUUGUGCUUUAGAAGAUGCCACUUUAGCUUAACUCCUACUGUGUAGGCCAGUCAUAAUUUAAAAACACAAUUACUUCCAACCUGUUUUAUCACUUUCUACCAUGUAUGUGGAAAUGAACCUUUUGUAAUAUUGUUCUCUGUACUUGGCAGACCUAAAGAGAAACCACCCAGGCAUUACACAAGCCAAAAUGAAGGCAAGGUCUUCUCCCCAGACUGUUGUAACCUGGUGCCUUACCAAGUUGUUCUUCUCUGUUUUCGAGUGUAAAUGAUGUUGAGCAGAACGUUGUCCUUGAAGAUGCUAUAAAUGAGCUGGUAUGAAAUAAAUUCUGACCUAUGGAUAUAA